AUGUUAUUGCAGCGCACGUACUUUCAAUCAUUCCGUGAUCAAUUUGCGAUCGCCUUUGAUGCCUACCUCGAUGUCUUGCGUCAUGUCAAGGCUCUUGUCAACCAGGCACUCGGACACGAUAGUUUGAACUGGCGGAUGUUAAAUGCUUGUCCACCAUGCAGCUAUAAGCAAGAUAACGAAGAACCCCUUGACCCUGCUCGGCUUGACAGCAUGGACGGGAACAAUUCAUUAAAGCGAGUUGAUGGCUCUGGCCACGCCGAUGAACGUGUUUUCCCAUCAGAGUAUUUGAUCCCACCUUCCGAAGUGGAAUUCUUCAAGGACGAUGUUCGCCUGCGCCCAGGCACUCGCAUAGCUGCCGAUGUCACUCCCACAGCUGCCAGUGAUGACUCUGCCUGCACAGAGAAUUGGAAAACGGCAAAUACCAUCAGCAAGAACACCGUCAGCGUCUUUGAUCAGACAGGAAUUUUUGUCAGUGCUUGUCGUCACGGCAUAGUACAGACCUUGGUGGAGAUGCGUAAGAGCGGAGAACUCGCGAAGUAUGCACUAGCAACCACAAGCAAGAUUCUCAAUGUCUACGGCUCGAAUGGCGCCACAGGGUAUGAUAUUGGAUGCUCGUAUAGCAAAACUGUCGCAGCAAGUUCAAUAUCAUUAAAGGCCAGUGCUAACCACCAUCGCUUCCUUGGUCUUGGCAUCGAGGACUUAGAAACGUGCGAACGAAUCUUCUCUGGUUCCAAUGCAGUUGCGCCCAUUAUUCGUCACGCGUCUUACUUUCAUUGGCUACAAUUCAUCGAACUACAUUUUGACCAAUGGGACUUAGACAAAUACUCUGAACUCAGCAAAUUCAUCUACAACAACUACAAGCAGGCCCUCCAUAUCAUCAAUGAGCUAUCGCCUGCAGUUGAAGAGCUCAAAGCACAGCUUGGGCUGACUGACACGGAUUUUGAGAAAUGGAACACCGAGGAAUUAGAGUACUUGCAGACCCUCACUAUUGAGACUGAAGAAGAUGUUGAGAAAAUGACAUACGUCGAAGCCCUUGAGUCCUUGGCGAGCGCAGAAUCUCUUCAGGGCUGUGUAUGGGCGUGUCACAUCUGUCCAGUUCCUGUCCUAUACUCCAGGCUUUGCAAGAGCAUGCAAGCCGUUGCAAGAGCUUGGGAGGCUGAGCGCAGCUCAGCAUACCGUAGGUUAGUACUGGAGAUGAAUGCUGUUGAUGACCUUGAGCGUCGAAUGGGCAUCACUGAGUGUUGGACUCGAGAACAAGGCGAAUAUAAACAUGCGCUCAACUCCUUGACGAAUCGUCGCUUCAUCCGUGUUGUCGAGUACCUUGAAGGGUUAGUGGUCAAGAGGCUAUUUGAGUUAGCCAAAGCCAAUCUUGCAGGGACUGCAAUAUGUGUGGCAUUGGACAAGUACAACAGCCUCGCACCUUUGCAAAACCCACCCAGACCAACUCUCGAAUACCAUGAUAUCGCAUCUUAUGCGUGGCUGGGGGAAUUUGACUUACUGAAGCAUUCUCGCCGAGACCUCCUCUCCAAGCCUUGGGCUUCAAAAGCUAAUCGUGAAGUUGCUGCAAAAUAUUUUAAAGUGGUGCGUGCACGUGAGGAGAUCACUCGCUUGAAUGUCGAAGCAGCACAGCUUCAUACAUGGGUUGAUGACGAAGACACACAUCUGUUGUCAGUUGCACGGUCACUCUCAGAGACUCAUCCUGCCCUUGCAUACGAGAUUCAGUGGCGAUUUGAGGAAUGUCGUCGGGUGAAUAACAUUCACCGCACCAGACUCGGAGCAAUCUAUGAUCUCCCAGGAUACAAUGAAAGGAGAGACGGGAGGGAUGGAGAUGGUGUUGAAUUGGUGUUGGGUGACUUGGACGGAUCCUCGGUGAUUCUUGCAGAUGAGGAUGAUACUCUUUGUGAUGAGGCUAGUCGCCUCGAUGCAUGUAUGUCCGAGUAG